CGUCAAGCGCGUGUUGUUUGCAAUUACGUUUUGUUCUCAGCGCGUGUCCGCGUUUUCAGCGCACGUCGUCAUCUCGAUUAUCGCGUCAGUGCAAUUGAUAAAUGCGCGCGCGUGAAAGGAAACAUUUUUCCGGGAUUGGAUCGUAAGUUUCUUUUCAGCGGUAUACGGCCGGCGUAACGGUCAGAAGGUUACGCGAUGCCGAUAAGGGUUCCGGUAGCUCCGAGUUUAUCAGCGAUUUUGUAAUACUUUCCGACAUUUCCAACGAUCCGUGACAAUAGUAUAACGGAGUCGGUUCAAAACACACAGAAAACGGUUUCGAAACGUACACGCGCGAUUACGCCGAGAAGCCGCAUUGUUCCAGUCGACGCCACCACCGUGAAUCGGUUUCAACCGGUGAACUUCUCUCUCGGAUCUCCUCCUCGGCGACCUUUACACUGCCGCUGAAUCAGUUUCGACGAAGGUGUAAUGCGGAUUUUAGCCUUGAUCAGAGCUGGACGACGUGAAUCACGUCAUCUGCUGACCAGUGCGACUUGUGUUGUCAUUCGUAGCGUGAAAUGUAUAAGUAGUCUUCAGGGCAAAGUGAUAGCUAUAAGACGGGAGGACCAAUCGGUAUGGGAAAGAAGGGCGCCGCUGGCUCCGGCGAACGUUCGUCGCCUUGUUCGAUCGGGGGUGAAAGUAAUUGUGCAACCCAGCAAUCGAAGGGCAUAUCCUGCACAGGCUUACCAGGCGGCGGGCGCCUUGCUGCAAGAGGACAUCAGCUCGGCCUCCGUCAUCUUCGGCGUGAAGCAAGUGCCCGUGGACCAGCUGAUACCGAACAAAACGUACUGCCUCUUUUCGCACACCAUCAAAGCCCAGGAGAGUAAUAUGCCUCUCCUGGACGCGAUCUUGGAGAAGAACAUACGUCUGCUGGAUUACGAGAAGCUCAUGGACGCCAAUGGCCAGCGAGUAGUCGCUUUCGGCAAAUACGCCGGCGUCGCCGGUAUGGUGAACAUAUUACACGGUUUAGGCCUGAGACUGUUGGCGUUGGGUCAUCAUACUCCGUUUAUGAGAUCAGGAGCUUGUCACAAUUGCUGCAAGCACAUCGGACCGGCGCACAACUAUCGGGAUUCAGCUAUGGCACGCCAGGCGAUCCGUGGCGCAGGAUAUGAGAUCGCUCUGGGCGCUAUGCCGAAGUCAAUAGGGCCGUUGACUUUCGUUUUCACGGGUAGCGGUAAUGUCAGUCAAGGAGGUCAAGAAGUCUUCCAAGAGCUGCCUCACGAAUACGUGCCGCCCGAGAUGUUGAGGAAGGUCGCGGAACACGGCGAUACGACAAAAAUAUACGGUUGCGAGGUGCGACGUAGGCAUCAUCUCGAGCGGAAAGAGGGCGGUGGUUUUGAUCCCGAGGAGUACGAUCAGCAUCCGGAAUUGUACAUUUCUACCUUUAGCAAGAAGAUAGCGCCGUACGCCUCGGUGAUCAUCAAUGGCAUAUACUGGGCGGUGGAUUCCCCGAAAUUGCUGACGAUACCGGAUGCAAAGUACUUGCUCAGACCGGCGAAUACACCGUGGCUACCGAUAAGCGUCGGCGCGCCCGCCUUGCCGCACAGGAUGCUCGCUAUCUGCGAUAUAUCCGCGGAUCCUGGCGGCAGUAUCGAAUUUAUGAACGAAUGUACGACAAUCGAUACGCCAUUCUGUCUGUAUGACGCCGAUCGCAAUAAGGACAUGAAGUCUUUCAAGGGUCCCGGUGUGCUAGUUUGUUCGAUCGACAAUAUGCCUACGCAACUCCCGAAGGAAUCGACGGAUUUCUUCGGCAAUCUUCUCUAUCCCUACGCUUUGGAUAUCAUACAAUCGGAUGCAAAAAAGCCGCUAGAGGAGCACAAUUUCAAUACCGCCGUUCACGGCGCUAUUAUUGCAUCCAACGGAGAAUUGACACCUAAUUUCGAGUACAUUCAAGAACUCAGACAACUUAAUCAACGAAGCAAGCAUAAAGCCGAUAACGGAGAGCCGCAGUGUAAAACGGUAGUUGUUCUCGGAGCAGGAUACGUGUCCGCGCCCUUAGUAGAAUAUUUACACAGAGAUACGAAUAUAAGAUUAGUGGUGGCCUCGCAAUUGAAAGACGAAGCUGACGUGCUGGCCAAUCGAUUUCCGGGUGUGGAGCCGGUCUUUCUGAACGUGCUGGAUCGUCCGGACACUCUGCACGACGUGAUGAAAUCGGCGAACGUGGCCGUCUCUCUGUUACCGUACUCGUUGCAUCACGUCAUCGCCAAAGCCUGCAUCGAGACUAAAACGCAUCUCGUAACAGCCAGCUAUAUGAAUGACGAUGUCAAGGCGCUGCACGAAGAAGCGCAAGAAGCUGACGUUACCGUGCUGAAUGAAAUUGGGCUAGACCCGGGGAUCGAUCAUCUCUUGGCGAUGGAGUGCUUCGACGACGUCAGACAAGCAGGCGGCAAGAUAGAAUCUUUCGUCUCAUGGUGCGGCGGUCUGCCAGCGCCGGAAUGUUCCUACAAUCCUUUGAGAUAUAAAUUCAGCUGGUCUCCGCGUGGCGCAUUGAUAAACACUCUGUCACCAGCGAAAUAUCUUCACGAGGGUCAAGAAGUGGAGAUUGCAGGCGGCGGCGAUCUGAUGUCUACGGUGGAAGAGUUGGACUUCCUCCCCGGCUUCGCUCUGGAAGGUUUCCCCAAUCGCGACAGCAUAAAAUAUAGAGAUUACUACGGCUUGCAGAAUGCGAGUACCGUGUUACGAGGCACGCUCAGGUUUAAAGGAUUCUCCGAUACUGUACUGGGCUUACAGUUACUCGGUCUGGUCGAUCCCAAUCCGCAUCCGAUUCUUCAUCCGAACGGACCGGAUAUCACCUGGCGAGUGCUGCUGUGCAAUUUGCUCGGAUUGGCGAACGACAACAUCUUCUACGAGAAUCUGAAACAGAAAUUGGCGGAGAGGAUGAAUUCAUGGACGCGAGUGAAAGCUAUUGAGGAUUUAGGCCUUCUGCAAGAGGAUCUGGUCUUGAAACUGAACACUCCUCUCGACACGCUCACGCAUUAUUUGUCGAAGAAACUCUGUUACGAAAAGAACGAACGCGAUCUUGUUAUAUUGAGACACGAUAUAAAUAUACUUUGGCCGGACAACAGGAGAGAGUCCAGAGGGAUCAACCUGGUGCUUUAUGGAGAUGCCACUGGACACUCUGCAAUGGCGCGCACCGUGGGAUAUCCUACCGCUAUCGCUGUCAAGAUGAUCCUGGAUGGAGAAAUCCAACAGCGAGGAAUGGUGCUACCUUUCACUCCCGAUAUAUAUCGACCUAUUCUCAAUCGACUGAGAGCUGAAGGCGUACAGUCCUUCGAGACCUCUAGAUGGCUGUGACUUAUUUAUCGCAAAAUAUUAUUUCCUAUGAAGAUCAUAUGUGCAUAUCACACUCUGUACAUCUGAAAAAUAGACAGUCAAUAUAUUUUAUUAUACACAUGUCAAUGUAUAAUAUUUAUGCAUAUGUAUAAUAAAAAGAAAUAAAUGUC